AUGGCGCCAAAGAUGACGACCGAAUCAAAUGAAGACGACCUUGCGUACGGAGUACCUUCGUACCACUGUCGCUGGCACGAUCCGACAUUGUGGAGUUCCGACGACGAAGCCGUAGUAGAUUCCGGAAGCGAUCAGGAACAGGACGAUGAGCGCUAUGAGAACAAAAGGCCGAGAAAACAUAUUCUUGGCAAGUCAAGCCAAUAUCAACCUAGUCUACACACUAACAAGUGCAUGACAGAGUAUAUAGAGGAAACACUAAAGAGGCCCGAUGGCAUUGACGUCGAUCUCUCAUCUAUGCGAAAAGUCCCCAAUGGUAAAAGCAAGGCCGAAUUUGAGAAAGCUUAUCUGAUAGAUGGGGCGACAGAACCUGUGGAGACUGAAUAUAUGGCGGCUUUGGUGAGCAAAGGUUCAGCCCACUGGUACAAGCGGAAUGUAUACUACCACGGUCCAGUCGCGAACACCGAGGCCGCCGCUUAUAAGGGUUUGUUGGAGGCUUUGGAGUCCAUCUCAUUUGCAAACUUUCGAGCAGCGGAUAGUCGAGAACUUGUAUCAUUCUAG